UCUUGUAUCCUAGCAUCCUAGCAUUCUUAACCGUACUUUGCGAAAUGCACUCACUGGGCAGUGUAAUUACAGCAUCCAAUUCCAGCUGACGAUGCAUCAACUGCGGUGAUGAACGGAAACAAGAAAGUCAACUCGCCCGUUGUGAAUGGGUCUUCAUACGAUCCAGACACGAUUCCAGAUUAUCACAAUGACUUUAUUGACCGAGCCGAUCUGGAGGCUUUCUCAGCAGCCCUGACAGCACCGACUACUGAGCCUGUCACAGCACUCAAUGACUGGGGUCCAGUCCGCCAGCGAGUCAAGAGAAACCGAGUUCGACGCAAAACGACAAGAAGAUCAAAGGAUGAAACUAGAGAGGGUUUUGUGUACACGCUGCUGUACUACCCCUUGCUGUUCAUCGUCUGCGGUUGGAUCGUCGUCCUCUUCGGCAUCUACAACCUAACACGCUUUUACAUCUAUGCUUACGAACACGCCUUCUCAUGGACGGGCCGGCGGGAGACGCUGAGGCGACAAUUACAACGAGCCAGCACCUACGAAGAAUGGAAAGGCGCUGCUCAACAGCUCGACGAGUUUCUGGGAAACGAAGAGUGGAAGGAGCACGAUGAGUACUCCUACUAUAAUCACAGCACGGUCAAGAAAGUGACUGCUCAAUUGAUCGAGCUUCAACGAAGGGCCGAGGCUGAAGAGAGAGAUGGGAGAAACGGCAUUGGUGGCAGCAGUCCUUUGGAUGACCUCAAAGCCUUGCUGGAAAGCUGCGUCAAGAACAAUUUCGUGGGCAUUGAGAAUCCCAGACUCUACAGUGAAUCGUAUAUCGGCACCAAAGUGCUCAUUCAGACAUUUGUCGAUCAGGUCGAGAAGAGUCUGAAGACAGUCCUCGACUCUGACCGUAUGACCGCCAAAGACAAAGCUUCGCUGUUCCGAAGUCUGGAGCUCAACUAUGGAAGGACUGCGCUAUGCCUUUCAGGUGGAGCGACUUUCGCGUACUACCAUUUUGGCGUCAUCAAGGCACUUCUAGAUGCUGGCGAACUUCCAGAAAUCAUCACUGGUACUUCUGGCGGUGCGUUGGUGGCUGCACUUGUAGCCACCAGGACGGAUGAGGAAUUAGGACCCGUGUUGGUGCCUGCGCUAGCCCACCGCAUCCGUGCCUGCCAUGAGGGAUUCGCAACGUGGGCCCGUCGAUGGUGGCGGACCGGUGCCCGCUUCGAUUCCCUCGACUGGGCUCGCCACUGCGCUUGGUUUUGUCAUGGCUCCCUUACUUUCAGAGAGGCAUUUGAACGGACUGGCCGCAUUCUAAACGUCUCAUGUGUACCUUCGGAUCCUCAUUCGCCCACGAUCCUAAACAAUCACAUUACGAGUCCAGAUUGCGUCAUCUGGUCCGCUGUCCUGGCUUCAGCUGCGGUACCAGGAAUACUCAAUCCUAUCGUGCUGAUGCGCAAGACGAGAGACGGUACACUAGUACCAUAUUCAUUCGGCAACAAGUGGAAAGACGGGAGCUUGCGGACCGACAUUCCUCUCAAAGCACUCAACCUGCACUUUAACGUCAAUUUCUCCAUCGUCUCACAGGUCAAUCCGCAUAUCAACCUAUUCUUCUUUUCGCCUAGGGGCGAGCCAGGUCGUCCAGUGACACAUCGCAAAGGUCGUGGAUGGCGCGGAGGGUUUCUUGGCUCGACUAUCGAGACUUCGGUGAAAUUGGAUCUGCAGAAAUACCUCAAAAUCCUGCGCCAUCUCGAAUUACUGCCUAGGCCCAUGGGACAGGACUGGAGCGAGUUAUGGCUACAACGCUUUUCUGGCACAGUCACUAUCUGGCCGAAGACCGUCCUCAGUGACUUCUGGAACAUCUUAAGCGAUCCUAGUCCCCAACGUCUGGACCGGAUGAUCAGUGUUGGCCAACGAAGCUGCUGGCCCAAAAUACGAUUCAUUUCCAACCGUAUGAAAAUUGAAAGACUCAUCCUGGAAGGCUUAAGAAGAGGGGGCCCGAUUGAUGAAAGCCGUCGCCUGCCAAAUCCGGUCGGUGAGCAGCAGCUUCAAGAAUCAUUGUUGCGUGCCAGAGGCCGGACGGACGAUGAGAUGUCGUCAGAAGAAGAGACGAACCACGAUGGUGGACGCCCACGUGGUCGAAGGCACAGCUCAAUCUUCAAAGAAUUCACCCGGCAGGCGUCAGUACUGUGGCCAGAGGAAGGACAUACUGAAGGAGAAGAAGAUGGUCUAACCACAGACGAAGACGAAAUGCUGGCAGUACAUGAAGAAUAAUCCCGUGAAGGCUUCGAAGGAAAAACACCGUCACCAUCCUGUCGAAGGAUGAGUAUUGUUUAGAGCGAGCAUAUAUUCAGAUAGAAAGUCAGCCCAGUGAUGUCAUUGCCAUGCACAUCACGUGAUUUGACAAAAGUACCAUGCGGCAUGCGGCUUUAACCCCCUUGCACCGACGAUAAGCUUCUCGCGAGGGUCAACCGAGAUCUGACGUCGAUCGUUGCGGCAUCGUGUUCACAGGAUUGAAUGUUCCAACAUUUUUUCAGGCUUGGUUUAUAGCCUAAGUUG